AUGAAGAGGCUGGCUUCUUGCUCGCUCUGCGCGCUCUACCUUGGAAUGGAUUGGCUUGUGGGGAAAACAAGCGGAGCGGAGUUUAAGAGACGAGACGGGGUACACCGAAUGGAAAAGGCGCACGUCACGGUGUUCCAGGAUCUGAACCAGAGAGACACAGCGACCUGUGCGACUGGAUACUCUGCCUGCGCGUCGAGCCUUAACGGAGGCUGUUGCCAGUCAGGCUACGCUUGCGCAACAGAUUCAUGCUACGCGACAACAAGCGCACCGCGGACUUGCUUGGGGAAGGUUGGAUAUUAUGCGUGCGAUGCAGUUAUGGGAGUUAUGCGCGGCUGUUGUCCUGAGGGGUACAGGUGCGAACGAGGAGGAAAUUGCGUCGCAGCGUCCGGUGUCGCAUACUCUCAGUCGUGCCCGGCAAGCUACUACUUAUGCCCUGCCAGUUUGAGCUACGGCUGCUGCCGCAACGGCCUCGGAUGCGCCGUGAGCGCCUGUUACUACACGGACCCGUCGACUUAUACAGUCACUACGACGGUGUCGACAACACAGGACGCAACUCAAGUCAUAAUCACAGCGGUGACUGCAACGACAGUCCUCACGCCCUCGAGGCCGACGACGGCCCCAACAGCCCUGGCGACUAUGGAUGCACAAGACCCAGACCAGGUCGUAUUCAAAUACUACCCAAGCACAGUGCCAAAGGAACAACCAUUGUCAAGGAGCAACGACGACAGCGACGGCCUGACGACAGGCCAGAUUGCUGGAAUCGUGGCUGGAGGCGUGGGACUGCUCAUUAUCGUCCUGGUCGCUGCCUGGAUCAUCAUCCGCCAUCUCAACAAGGUCGUCCAGGCAGUCGAAACCAGCAAUAAUGGAACAUCCUCGGGCGCACAGUCGCGGCCCUUCAUGUACCAGUUCAAGCCCACACCGUCCGAGGUGGAAGACAUGAGCGUGGACCCGCUCAUGAUGUCUCCCCGGCCGUCGCACCGGAGACACGACUCCGACACCGACUUCACGCCGUCAUUCCCAGGGGACCUACGCGCACCUGCGGAACUGGAGCAACGCCAGCGAGGCGAGCAGCGAUCACGGGAGCGUGGACAAUCGGGCGCUGCUCCAGGAGCUCGACUCGACGCCGUACGUCCCGGAGCUGGCGGCCACGCCUGUGUCUGA